GCUCAGCCUGACGAACUCAAACGUCAAGACCCAGAGUCACAACGAUCAAUGCCAGAGUCACAGGCUUCCUCCAGACAACCUCUUACUUGUCAUAUCUUCACAUACGCAGUCAUUAUAUUCGACUUUUCGGUUUCUCUAGGAGUUGCAGGCUUUUGAUCGUUUUAUAUAACAGUCCUUACAUCUGUUAUCGCCUCUUUUAGCGCAGUCUACGCUCAAAUUCGAUUUCAGAUCACAACCACUACACGCCUCGCCAGGUCGAUAUAACUGCAGCACUUAUAGAAGGGCUAUACAGCGACCGCUGCGAUGGGUGUUCCAAAGUUCUUCCGCUGGAUGAGCGAGAGGUACCCAGCUAUCUCUCAGCUCAUCGCGGAAAACCGCAUUCCAGAAUUCGAUAAUCUCUAUCUGGAUAUGAACGGUAUUAUCCAUAAUUGCACCCACAAGGACUCCGACGAUGCGACAUUCCGUAUGACAGAGGAGCAGAUGUUCAUUGCGAUAUUUAACUACAUCGAGCAUCUUUUUGGGAAGAUCAAGCCGCACAAGCUCUUCUUCAUGGCCAUUGAUGGGGUUGCUCCCAGAGCCAAGAUGAACCAGCAGCGCGCACGACGAUUCCGCACAGCUCUCGAUGUUGAAAAUGCUCGAGAAAAGGCGAUUCGUGAGGGGAAGGAGAUGCCAAAAGAGGAGGCAUUCGACAGCAACUGCAUUACGCCAGGGACAGCGUUCAUGGCGAAGCUGUCGGAGCAGCUGAAAUACUUCAUCAACAAGAAGGUGUCGGAAGAUACCGACUGGCAGGGUGUAGAGAUUGUUCUCUCUGGCCAUGAAGUUCCGGGAGAGGGAGAGCACAAGAUUAUGGAGUACAUCCGCCUGUCGAAAGCACAACCGGAUUACGACCAUAAUGUCCGUCAUUGCCUGUACGGUUUAGACGCAGAUCUUAUUAUGCUGGGUCUGUUAAGUCACGAUCCUCAUUUCUGUCUUCUUCGAGAAGAAGUUACUUUUGGGCGACAGAGCAAGGCGAAGUCGAAGGAGCUAGAGCACCAAAAUUUCUACCUUAUGCACUUAUGCAUUGUACGAGAAUACUUGGAGAUCGAGUUCCAGGAAUUAAAAGAGCCUGGCAUUAUGGGUUUCGAGUUCGACUUGGAACGGGUCAUUGACGACUUUAUUUUGAUGGCGUUCUUCGUUGGAAACGAUUUCUUGCCCAAUUUACCCAAUCUUCAUAUUAACGAAGGAGCGUUGGCGCUGAUGUUCAAGAUCUACAAGUCUGUUUUACCAAAGGCAGGCGGAUACCUUAAUGAGGGCGGAGUUAUCAACAUGCCGCGGUUAGCGAUUUUACUGGAAGAGCUCUCUCAUGUGGAGUACCGUUUCUUCGAGUCUGAGAACUCGGAUGCGAAAUGGUUCAAGGGCAAGCAAAUGGCAAAGGUGGAUGUCAUGGAGAAGGGCAGCAAGCGCAAGGGCAAGGUGGUGAUGACGUCGGCGCAAAAGGAUGUCUGGAAAUUGGUUAAGAUCUUUGUCAAUAACCGAUCGCCAGAGCCACUUGACCUGCCUUCUAGCCUUCCCGCCAAGGACAGGAAGUUUGUUGAGGAUCUGGCAGAUAGCCUUCACUUAGAUUGGAAGACAGUCGAGGAUGAGAAUGGCGAUCGCCACCUACAAAUUUCCUUCCCUGCGAAGUUGGAGCAAGAUGAUGACGAGGAGGAAGAGCAGGAUGAAGAGUCCCAGCUUGCAAUCCUACGGGUUGUCAAGCAGUACGAUAACGCAAAUAUCGUUGACGUGAGCGCCGAAAAGGCACAGGCUGAGAUGGAUAAGAAGUACGAGGAGAAGUUCCAGGAGUGGAAAGAUAAGUACUACGACGGGAAAUUCGAAUGGAAACGCGAUGACGAGACGGAACUGACAAAGCUCGCCGAGAACUACGUCCAGGGGCUGCAGUGGGUUCUGUAUUACUACUACCAGGGCGUCGUAUCAUGGCCUUGGUAUUACGCUUACCAUUAUUCGCCAAUGAUUUCAGAUGUUGUCAAGGGUCUGAAGGCGGAUAUCAACUUCAAGCUUGGCCAACCGUUCCACCCAUACGAACAGUUGAUGGGAGUCCUGCCUGACCGCAGUAAGAAGAUUGUACCAACAGUGUACCAUGAGUUGAUGACGGAUCCGAAGUCGCCCAUUAUUGAUUUCUACCCUCGAGAUUUCGAGCUAGAUAUGAACGGCAAGAAGAUGGAAUGGGAGGCGGUUGUAAAGAUUCCUUUCAUCGAUGAGAAGCGACUACUAUCGGCUAUGGCGCCGAAAAACGAGCUUCUAAGCGAUGAUGAGAAGGCUCGUAAUGAGUUUGGCGUUUCAUUGAAGUUUACGUACGCUCCAGAUUUGGAUUUCACUUAUCCAUCGUCCUUGGUGGGAAUCUUCCCAGAUAUCCCGCAUUGCCACUGCGUUGAAAACAUUUUUGAUCUACCCACAAUUGAGGGGUUAGAAUACUUUGUUGGUCUCAUGGGAGACGUUAAACUUGGGGAGGAUGCCUUGGCAGGCUUCCCUAGUUUGGCUACGUUGCCGUACAAUGCUGCCCUGGGCUUCCACGGAGUGAACGUCUUCCAACAAGACAGCCGCAACGAGAGCUCAAUUGUCACAUUGACGGAUACUGAGGCGAGGACAAAGGUCGAGAACGCCAAGGCAAGGCUUGGUCAAAAGGUGCAUGUUGGAUACCCAUUCCUUCAAGAGGCCAAGGUCAUCCGUGUUUCCGAUGAGCUGUUUAAUUACACUCUCCCAACAGAUGGCUCGGCUCAUGUUGUUGCUACGCCUCACGGCCCUCGCGAAAUCGAGGACUUCCGCAGGAAGGCGGAGAGAAUCGAGAAUGUAUAUAGCAAACGUCUCGGUAUCAUCAUCGGGCCAGUUGAGUCUCUGACUCACGUCGACAUGUUGAAGGGCAUGAAGAAGACCGAUGCCGGCGCUACGGUCAAAGAAUACGCCUAUAUCGCCGGAGUUGAGACUGACUAUGCCUCACAAGUCGUGGUCGAUGAAGUGGCCAGCGAGGAUCAGCGCUUUAUUGAGAAGGCAGCCUUACCCAUCGAGGAAGAAUUUCCUAUUGGGUCUAGAGCCUUCUUCCUUGGAGAGUUCAACUACGGGCGCCCACUCGAGAUCAUUAAGCACAACGAAAACAAGGCCGAGAUCUGGCUGUCGACUGUCCAAGGUCGUGAGCCAGAGGUUGGCCGUGAGGUCGUUGCCAGGUCUGAGAGGACGACGCCGUACAUGCCGUCAUAUGCUGUGGCGAAGCGCUUACAACUUCACCCGCUGGUUCUUAGCAAAUUGACCUCUUCUUUCACAGUCAAUGUGAAUGGAUUGAGAGUCAACCUAGGCCUUAACCUGAAAUUCGAGGGCAAGAAGCUCAAGGUUCUGGGCUAUUCCCGUCGUGGAGAAACUGGUUGGGAGUUCAGCGACAAAGCUGUUGAUCUAAUUUCGCAGUAUAUGAUCAGGUUCCCGGAGUUCAUUGCUGGCAUCCAACGCAAGCCUCAAGGCAAUGAGUACGACGCCGCGGAUUUCUACACCGCUGAUUCUGCUAAGGCGAAGUUUGCUGAGAUUACCGCUUGGCUGAAGACAAUUGAGUCGAAGAACUUUGAUAAGGUUCCUAUCGAUGCUCAACAACUCGACUCUGACACUGUCAAGGCAAUCGAGGCUUCAGUCGAUGCCAUGAUUCAGAGCAAUCCAGGACCGGUUGGCAAGAAACUAAAGGGCGUUCCGCGGAACGCGCUCAUGAGGCCAGCUGACGCAGAGCACCGCCUUGGCAACCAAAAGUUCGGCCUUGGUGACCGCAUCGUCUAUGUCCAAGACUCCGGACGUGUCCCAAUCGCCACUCGCGGAACCGUGGUGGGCAUCAGCCGCACCGCGCGCACAACUCUCGUCGACAUUGUUUUCGACCACACUUUCAUCAGUGGAACGACCCUCGAUGGUCGCUGCGACCCAUUCCGUGGUUCUACCGUCCCCAUCACCUCAGUGCUGAACUUGUCGCACAAGCAAGUCAUCGCUGGCUCUAAGGCAGCAGUCGAGAAGCGUCCCGCUCCUAUCUCGCAGCCACUGACCGCCAAUGGCGGAUACGGAGCGCCAACCGGGCCCGGUGGCCGUGGACAGUAUCGCGAGGCCGGCGCCCCGCCACCUCUUCGCGGCUCAUACCGUGGUGCUGCGGCGGGCCAGGGCAACAACUUCGGUCGCGGACGAGGCCGUGGUGGACUAGGAUUCGACAAUGCCCCUGCUACACACUCUGGCAUGGCUAUUCGCGGACCUAACGGUGCUGGGGUCCAGACCAAUGGGCAAAACUUUGCGCCGAGAGGCCGAGGUGGUUUGGAUGGUGCGAGGGGAGGUAGAGGGGGAGCGCCGCAGUCGUAUAACUCUAUGCCACCCCCGGCUAGCCUGGACUCUGCUGCCCGUGGCAGGGGACGCGGAGGAAGAGGACGAGGAGGUAACAGAGGACGCGGAGGCCCUGCUCCGACGCCGACGCAGUAAAAAAGCAUUGUAGGCAUUUGAGAUGCUGGGUUAUAGGGGGGUUUGUUUGUAUAGGCUUGACGAUGGUAUGAGCACUUCACGAUGUCGGAUGAGUACCACGAAAAGCAUCUAGUGUAGCAUAGCCGGAGGAGGCAGUCGUUGGUUUUUGAUGUUUUUAAAAAGGAGUAUAAACGCAAUAAAAAAAAGAAAACUG